CUCGGCUCGCGCCGCGCUGGCCCGGGCUCCUCCCCCGGCGCUGUUCCCGCCGGCCUCGUGCCGCGGCCGCGGGGGGCUCCCGGGUGACCAGGCGGCCCACGUGACCCUGGAACACCCUACCCCGGAGGUCCCCGCCGCGGCUUCCAGCUCGGAGCACGCGCUGCCCCCUCGUCACCGAGGCUCUCUGCGACCCUACAGAAAAAUCACCAUGUCUUCCUCCAGACUGGGGCUUCGUUUGGCUGCCUGUUUACUAAACAUUUCAGAAGCCAGAAGAAAAAACAUUGUUGAGAACAUAGCAAAAGCAGCUCUUCUUGAAAAAAAUGGACAGACGCACCCUGAAGUAUCCGUGCUCAAUAUAUUUUCUGAUCGAGACUACAACAGAUCGGUCAUUACAAUAGCAGCUUCUGUUGAUGACUUAGGCAAUUCUGUUCUGGCUGCCUGCUUGGAGGCCUUCCAGUCCAUCAAUAUGGAGCUUCAAGAGGGGGUCCACCCUUGUCUGGGAGCGGUGGACCUGAUUCCAAUUUACCCUUUGUCUGGUGUCAGUGUGGAAGAGUGUGGAGCCGUGGCCAGAAGCCUUGCUGAGAGUCUGCUGCUGCACGUGCCCGGCUGCAGCCUGUUUCUCUUUGGGGAGGCCGACCUGCCUGAGAAGCGCACUCUCGUCCAGAGAAGGAAACAGUUGGGCUGGUUCACGAGGAGGGAUUUCAGUACUCUGGAACCCGACCUGGGAGCUGCGCCUGCCCGGAGAUGUGGUUUAACAGCUCACUGAAGACUGCGGAGAGAAUAACACAAACCUGGUCAGCGCAGAGCCGGGUGCCUGGGUCACAGUCUGAGGACGGGAGGUAGAGACGGGGAUGCUCGUGGCAGAGGACAGAAGCACUGGCUUCAGCGUUAGGGUAGGCAAACCUUGAAAAACGUACUUCUCAUUUUUGCAGUGCUGUGAGAAUGAAUGCGUCAGUAUUUGGGAAGAACGUUAACUUGAUUUAACAAGCGUAUCAGACUUACAGACCGAAUGUCCCUAUUGUCCCUAAUCAUAUUUAGUCUCCUAAGAACAGACUCAGUUUGUACUUGUUCACACCAAAGCAAACUUAGCUUCCUGGUCUCAUCUAAUGAUUGCCUGUGGCAGGGGCGAUCUCACCUGUUUUACGUUGCUUGAUUUGAAAUGGACAACCAAUUGGGAUUUCUAAUUUGUUCUCUGUUUUUACUCCACAUGGAGCUCUGUGAUUUACGUGGAGAAUUUCAUCAACUUCUGAAAAUCCUAAAUUGAGGUUUAAAAUGCAAAAAUUGUCACAGAAAUGUUUAAAGAUGAUAUUUUAAAGGUAAUAUUUGAUACUGGUAAAGAUGUAGUUAGAGGCACUCAUACUGCCAAUGGUACUAUCAAUGGGUAUAAACUUUUUGGAAGUGAGUUGAUGAUAUGUAGCAAGAAAUGUCUUAACUGCCCUGCAGGAAUUCUAGUUCUGGAGAUGAAUCCUGAGGAAACAAUUAAAGGUAGAUGGAUUUAUGUACAAGUAUGUUCAUCAAAGCAUUAUUUAUAGCAGCAAAUACUGGAAACAAUGUAAGUGUUUCAUAUUUGAGAAUGAUUCAAUAAGCUGUGGCAUGCCUAACCGAAAGACUACUGUGCAAGCAAUGAAGCGUGAAGUUUUGGAAGACUUUUUAGAGACAUGGAAAAUACAGUGUAGAGAGAAUUGGUAGUUGAUGAAUCAGUGCAACCAAUGUUACUUAAGUACCUAGUAUGUGCCAAGCACUACCAUCAGUGCACAAAGUGGAGUCUAUAUACCCUCAAAGAAUUUAUGUUCCAGUGGGGAGGGGCAAGGAGACAGACAAUAAAUAAUAAGCUUAAUAAAUAAGGAGUCAUAUGGUCUGUUAGAAAGCGAUCAGUGCUGCUGCCAAAAAAAUAAAAGUGAAAAUUGAACAGGACCCAGGGCAUCGUGAGUUCUGGGAUGGAGGUGAGGGGUGAUUUUAAAUGGGGUAAUCUGAAGCAGGCCUCCUUGUGAACAGCACAGGAACACAGUCUCGAAAUAAUGUGGCUGUUAGCCAAGGGGAGAUGCAAAGAGCCUUACGCCGAGGAAAUCAUCAGUGUCAAGGGCAAAGGAUAUAAAGUAGUAUAAACAGCGUAAUCUCAAUAUCAUAAAGUACAUAUGCAUCUAUUUUAUUUAUCUCAUGUAUUUAUAGGAAAAAUUUUUAUUCUUAAUUUUAAAUUCUUAAAGCUUCCAAAUUAUUUUCAUAAUUUCUCUAAAUCGAUCUUGUGAUUAUUUCCCGUCAUCUUUCAUGAAGGAUAAUUAUUAAGGUUAUCACUGGUCAAUCUGAUAAAAGCUGGGGUUUAAUGUAUUAAUUCAAAUUGGAUUUGAUGGAAGAUUCAAGAUAAGAAGGAAAAAGUAGCACAACUUUUCCCCCAUUUGUCUUUUUUGCUAAUAUCUCCUGACAAGUGGUAGAAACCUUAGUUUGUGCAAAAAACAUGAAAAUUACAAGAGUUACCAAGGUUAGGCAGACCAUUUGUUCAUUGAGAGACCCUCAUUUAAUAGGCUCACGGCAGAUGCUAAGAGCAGAAAAAGAAAAUGUCUCAAAGAGGAGCAGCGAUUAAAGGAUGCGGAUAAACAGUUAGUUUCUAAUAUUUCACUAACCAGAUUGUAAUUCAAGUUUAAGACACGUGAUCAACCGAAGUCUUAGGUUACCUUCCUUGCGCAAAUUCUCCCUUAAAAAACAUUUGUGUUGGGAGGAGUAAAAAGCUUUCACUUUUUAAAAGUAAUAUCUAUUGAAGUAGAAUUUAUAAUACCUCUGUCAUUAGGGUAGAAAUGUUAUUCAUCUCAUUUUUCAGUGAAUUUAUUUUCUAACAAUGGAAAUUUCCCUCAUUUUCAAAUUUAAUGUCUUUAUAUAUUUUUCUAACAUUUUUUUAGUUACAUCAGUGUUUCUCAACAUAUUUUUCCACUCCUCCCAUCAAAACAGAAAAGCCUCAACACAUUGUUGCUAUGUUUAUUUCUUUUCCUAAAAAAAUUAAAUAGAAAUGAUUGGUGCUAUCAACCGAACACUUACAGUUAACUUUCCAGUGACAAAUUAAUCUCCACAGUACCCAAGAGGAAGCACAAUCUAUACGGGAACAGGUCUCUGUUUUGAAGUUCCCUGAGAAUAUUAUAAACAGUAGAGGAAAAGUGAGCUCAGAAAUGAUUAACACUCUUAGUCAGUGCCAAACACACAAAAUCUUUUAAACCAAAUUCCUUUUAAAAGUUUGUAGUUGGCCCGCACGUGGGGAACAGAAAUACGGGCAAAGCAGUAAUAGUUGAUACUUUCAGAUCUAUAAAUAAAUACUUUAAACAUAUAUAUUUUAAAACCCUAAACAUUUAUGGGAUAAUUUAAACACUGCUGGCUGAUAUGUUGUAUGAAUGGCCUGCAUAUAUGCAUCGUUGUUUAAAAAUACUGGGACUAUUCUUUGAGCCGUAGUUUCCUAAGAGGCCUUUGGAAUCAUAGGUGGAGGCGGUUGGUACGUCUUGGAAUCAGGCACUUCUGUUUCGUUACUUAAAUGGAUUACUGAGAGCUGCCCCUGCUUGCUUCUCUCUCUGUAAAUAAGAAGCAGCAUCAGGAGCUUUUCUUGACAUUGAGUAACACAAUUUACUUCACACCAAAUAUUUUCCCUAGUCUUUGAAAAAUAAUUUCCAGUUUUGGCAUGAGUCUUAUUUUAAGGAACCUAUUUUCAUAAUUUUCUGUGUUUGCUUGUAAAUCUUGUUGGGAUGAUAGAAGAUGAAAGUCUCCAUAUGUAAGUAAGUAUGUAACCUGUAACUGAAACUGGGAAGAUCUUGGCUUUGUCUCUGCGUGAAGCGGUAGAGGGCACGGUUGGUUCUACUUUGAUAAACUUGGGGGCAAGCGAGUCAUCUGAGGCUCCUCUUGCCUGGGCUGGCUUCAUUCUAUGACGGUGUCAAUGUGUACCUACUUCUGUCAUGUCCUCUCUGAAUUAUUAUUACUCUGAAAGAUUCAAAGUUGAGACUUUGAGAGUCACAAGUCCUCGUGGAGCAGGAAAACGCCAGAGCCAUUUUGCAGAAGGACGGCUGAGCAGAGGCAGUGUCUUGAAGAGGCGGAGCUUGAAUCCAGACCCCUGGGGAGCCUUUCCCAGCCCUGCGCCACACAGUUCUCACUCAGCUUUCUUUUCUGUGGAUUUGGCCACAUGCAUGAGAGUUCUGCAUUCUUCCCGCCAUGAGAGCAUUGGACUUAGCAAUUAUGUUUGUUUUACGGCUUUAGUCAUCAAAUGUCCUGUUUCAGCUGUGGUUUCUCUUUAGUACAUGUUCUAAAAAAUGUCAUGUGCCAAUAUGUAAUGAUGACUGACUGCUUUUGAUGUAAUGACCGCUUAUGUUUUUGAAGCUGAGGUCCGAGUCUGUUACCUUGCUGUGUGUUACUGUGAGCAAAGACCACGUUUAGGGUAGGUUUAUCUUGUCUUAGCCUUUUUUGAGUUUUUGUACCCAGCAACCUACAUGGUUCCUGGCAAUUGGCAGAUUUUCAGUAAAAAUGUAUUUAAUGAGGGAGUUGCAUGCUGGUCCAUGAGAAUCUAUUUAUUCAAAUCGUAAUAUAAUCCACAAAUUUGAGGUUCUCUCUUCAGAUGUAAAAAUGCCAAAUAUCCCAUAACACCACCUCAGCUCUCUCCUCACACAUGUUUUAAUACUAGCCACCAAAAUGGAGCUUAAUAUAAUAAAUUGAACUUCUAAAGACAUCCCUAAGCAACUUCUGACCCCCUAAAAUGAAAAUCUUUCUGUGGAGGCAAAAAUAUUGGAUCUUUUCACCUUUAGUUGAUUGAAGAUGAUGGUGCCGAGAACUGUUUUUGAGAAUAAUUUUGAUUAUCAUAAAGGGAAAAAAAAGCCCGUGUUUCUUCUGAGUGCUGCUUUUUCAUUUUCUAAUGGGCUCUUCACUAUUGUUUUGUCUGAAUGCAGUUUUUUAUUUGUGCUAUUCCAGACGUGGUCCUACCACAAGCGUCUUUAAACCAGACAUUAAUAGCAUAGUUCACAGUCAUUACUGCCAGUGCUCAAACACAAAUAUUGCAUUUGUGUUUGCAAAAGCUACACAUCAGAUGUUAAUUAAGUGCAUUUGGUUUUUUUCUGCUUAAACAAUCUGGCAUAAAGAGUUUACAUCUAUAUCAGUUCACCAUAAGGUCUCUACAAUAUCUCACUCACCAGCCGUGCAGUAUAUGAUAAAUACAGUGUUUCCACACAAGAAAAUAACAGAAUUGUCAGGAAAACAUCAGGCCUGUUAUAUUUCCCUGUGAAAUAAUAGCAACUGAAUCUCAGUUUCUUUUUCUUUUUGAUAAAAAAAAAAGUAUUUAACUAGGGGUAAACACCAAUAUUUAGAAUGAUAAAUUUUUCAUUAAAGAACACAUGGAAAGUGAAAUCGUACCAGAGCUUUUUUUCCUUGUUUUUAGCUUGCUUCAGGGCGUUGUGACAGUUGCGUUGGAAUAAAAUUGGAACUUCAGCUCGCAGCGAGGAGGUUCGUGCUGCCGCCAGAGCAGCCGAGUGCCAAUCUGCGGGAGGCAGGAGUGUGCAAAACCGCAAACUGAGAAACAAACUUUCACAUCAGGUUUCUAAUCUUAGAGCAAAAAUGGAAUUACUUCAAUUAUAUGACAUUUAACCAGAAGUACAAUUUGCUGCAAUUAAUUAUCUCCCUUAUUUAAAGAUUCUUACUAAGUUUAAAUUAGCAUAAAAAAUCAAAUUCUGCAUUUGCGUGAGGUCAGUGGGGCUGCUGGAUUUCAGCUCAGAGUUUGGUUCUCUAGGAUUGGGUCGCCAUAUUGGCGUUGGACUUGGGGAGGAGGAAAUAGAGGAAAUGGGAAAAGCCUGCAUUUGGGCAGAAAGCAGAUUUCUUUAUCUUUUUUUCAAGGGAGAAAUGGGUCGUGGCCUCAUGACCCCUCUGGGAGAAAACUACUGUCCAGUUAGUCAGAGACUUCUCAGACUCAUUGACUGUCUCUGUUUAUUCGCUACUUGAAUAAGAUACAGUGAUAAAACAAAAUAAAUUAUUAUGCAGCUGAAGUUUAAUGGAAGAAUUCAAAGUACUCAUAACUAGGGCAUAUGUAAAAAAUGAUCAUUCUGUCUUAAGUGGUUACCUCUUAUAUUGUUUAAAAGAGAAUAUAAAAGUUGCUUGUGAUGUCUACUUUUAUUUUUCUAAGAAAUGAUUAACUUUAUGCUUUUGAAGGAAUUUUUAAAAUAUGUUUUUAUUUUAACUAAGUAAAUCAGUGUUGGGGCAAGUGUAUUCUUCCUAGAAUUCUUGUGCUCUGGGCUUAACAUCUAAACUUUUUCUAUCUUUGAUAAUUUACCUUAGGCAAUGAAUUCAUUUAUUAGCAAGAAUGAUCAACUUUGGAAAUUCUGCUAAAAAAAGGGACAGUUAUUGGGCACAUGAUGGUAAAGAGGCCUUGGCUUUUGCUGGGUGGGGGAUUCAGAAGUCCCAGGGCUAUAGGGAUGGAAUGACUAUGCCCCGCAAUGUGGGGAGGAAGAGCCCUGGGCCCAUAUGGAGGAACUUCUGUUGAAAGUGAUUUGCUUCCCCAUCCUCAUAAAUUACAUGUGAAUAAAUGAAUGUUGAUUGGGCAUUUCAAAGUUCUGGAAUAGCAAAG